GGUCACAUGACCGUCCUUUCUUGGAGCUGUAAAGCUGGAGAGGCAGCAACAAGUUCAGCGGAAGACUGAAGCCAGGAGCAGGGUCAGGUGGCGGCCUGAACAGCCUCAGGGACCUCUGCAACUAUGGCCUCCUGCCCGGACUCGGACAAUAGCUGGGUGCUUGCUGGCUCAGAGAGCUUGCCUGUGGAGACGCUGGGCCCUGAAUCCAGGAGGGACCCAGAGCCUGAGAGCGCCCCCCACACCCCUCAGAGCCCCUCCAAGGCAGCUGCUGAAGAAUUAGCUGGGACUUUGGAUGGAAAAGAGACCCUGUUUCAGAGCGGGCGCUCUGGGUCUGGCCCGACUCUGCCAGAGGAGACGGAAGCCAAGGGAGGCCUGGAAGGUGAUGCUUGUGGAAUGGAGCCCCCUGGCCCAGGAGACACAGAGGCCCAGGGAGACUUGGAGGAGACCCCCAUGAUGGGAGGCCUGGGACCAGACACACAGGACCUGGAGGAUCAGAGCCCCCCCCACAGCCUGCCCUCAUCCGCCAAAACAGCUUGGCUCAGCAAGGAGGUCCAUGGCUCCAGCAGUGAGGAUGACACAGAUGUGGACGUGGAGGGUCUGCGGAGACGGCGGGGUCGGGAACCCAGCACUCCGCAGCCCGCAGCCCGCCCGGGUGUAGAGGACCUGGCCCAGGCCCGAGGCGAGGCCGCGGGCAGGGAGCUGGGCAUCUCCCUCAACAUGUGGUUCCUCGGGGCCCUGGUUCUGUUGGGUCUGGGCAUCCUCCUCUUCUCUGGUGGCCUUUCAGAUUCAGAAAGUGGGCCAGUGGAGGAAGCGGACCUGCAGGUCUUCCCAGAUACCGGCUCAGAUACUGAGAUACUGGAGGCUGUGGGGGAUGGGCAGGAUGGGUUAAAGCAGCAGUUGCAGGCCUCGGCGCCCCCUGACAGCGUCCCCAGCCUGCAGAACAUGGCCCUUCUGCUGGACAGGCUGGCCAAGGAGAACCAGGACAUCCGGCUGCUGCAGGCCCAGCUGCAGGCCCAGAAGGAAGAACUUCAGAGCCUGAUGCAUCAGCCCAAAGGGCUAGAAGAGGAGAAUGCCCGGCUCCGAGGGGCCCUAGAGCAGGGCGAGGCCUCCCAGCGGGCCCUGGAGUCGGAGCUGCAGCAGCUGCGAGCCCAGCUCCAGGGGCUGGAGGCCGACUGCGUUCCGGGCACAGAUGGGGUGUGCCUCCGCUGGGGCAGAGGCCCUCAGGCUGGCAAGAUCACCAAGGAGCAAGGCCCUAGGGGGCAGGAGCAAGGCCCUAGGGGGCAGGAGCCACGCCCUGGCUUCCUGGAGCAGAAGGAACAGCUAGAGGCUGAGGCCCAGGCGUUAAGGCAAGAGUUGGAGAGGCAGCGGCGGGUGCUGGGGUCUGUGCAGCAGGACCUGGAGCGGAGCUUGAGGGAUGCAGGCUUGAGGGAUGCGGGCCUGGCUGAGCUGGGCCACAAACUGGUCCAGAAGCUGCAAGGCCUGGAGAACUGGGGCCAGCUCCCUGGGGUCCCUGCUAAUGUCUCAGAGGCCUGGCGUCAGGAGCCUCACUUCCACAGUUCCAGAGAGCGGAGUGGAAAGGAAAAGUGGUGGGAUGGUCAGAGGGACCGGAAAACGGAGCGCUGGAAACACAAGAAGGAGCAAUCUGGCUGGGAAAAGAAGAAGAGCUGGGGGGGUGAGGAGGACAAGGAGCUGGCAGGGCGGGGGAAGGAGGGAAAGCCUGGGGUGGAGGAGUGGGCUGGCAAGAAGGAUGGAAAGCGUCAGGGUUCCAAGGAGGCCCCCAGGAAGAGUGGGAGCCCCCCCUCCUCCUCAGAGGGGCAGAAGCAUCCUCGGUGGAAGGAAGGGGCUAAAGACAGGCCCGACCCCCUGUCACCCUGGGCAGAGCUGUCGAGGCACAAGUACCGGGCCCCCCAGGGCUGCUCGGGUGUGCAGGAGUGUGCUCGGCAGGAGGGCCUAGCCUUCUUCGGCACCGAGCUUGCCCCAGUGCGACAACAGGAGCUGGCCUCUCUGCUGAGGACGUACCUGGAGCGGCUGCCUUGGGCUGGGCAGCUGACCAAGGAGCUGCCCCUCUCUCCUGCUUACUUUGGUGAGGAUGGCAUCUUCCGCCACGACCGCCUCCGCUUCCGGGACUUUGUGGAUGCUUUGGAGGACAGCCUGGAGGAGGUGGCAGUGAGACAGACAGGUGAUGAUGAUGAGGUGGAUGACUUUGAGGACUUCAUCUUCAGCCACUUCUUUGGAGACAAAGCCCUGAAGAAGAGGUCUGGGAAGAAGGACAAACAUUUGCGGAACCCCAGAGUUGUGGGGCCCAGGGAGGAGCACAGCCACCACCGCCGAGGCUGAGGCCCCCUGUGUUAUCUGUCCUCUGGGAACCGUUAAACUGCCACCUCCCCCAGCUCCCCUGGCUCUUUCGGUGUCCUUGGAUCUCCUUCACAGAGGAGAGCAAAGAAAUCACCCAGCCCUGCACGGAUACCACUUUCGCUAAGGAAAAAAACCUUAGCUGGACCGGCCUUGCUGUCUAUGCAAAUGCAUGCAAAUGCUCAGGGCCCUGGGCCUGGACUCUUGCAGCCUGAUUGUGUGAAGUGGGGGGUGGGGGUAGAGGAGUGGGGGCGAUUCUGAUUCUGAAGCCAAAGAGCUUUCCUCCUCCUGUGUGUGUGUGUGGGGGGGUGGGGGCAGCCCAGAGUGGGCCCCUUGGCUGUACCCAUUGACCUGUGCCCCCUGGGACUUGACUCGCCUUGCUGGCUGGAGGCCCAGCAUCAGGGCUUCCCCUGGGGUUUUGUGAGAUUUGGAAAGAGCUCUCCCCUGGGGGAAGAAGUGCCCCUUUUGGCCCAGUUCUUCACGUGGCCUCACCUCCCCAUGUGAACUGUAGACUCAGAUCCCAGUAAAAUGCUUUUGGAGCUGUGACACUGUGUGGGGGCGCCGUCACUUGGGACACCAACGCCCACCACCUCGUAGGCACUGGUACUCACCUCCCAUGUACUCCUCUCCCUGUCACCUCCCCCUCUCUGCAAGCCUCAGGCCCUCUGGGCUGGAACUCUGCAUUUUGCUCACAGCUACCUUGGCUGCACCCCUGGGAGAUGUAGACAUAGCGACCUAGCAACAUAGCGAGUGGGUUUUGGAGUCUGAGCCUCUGGCUCAAGUCCAGGCUGAGUGAUUGUGGGCAAGUUGAUCUCUGGGAGCCUUGGGUUUCUACUCCUCAAAAAAGGAGAUUGAGGGGCUGGGGGAAGAGAUUAAAUAAAACAACAUAAACAAAA